AUGACUUUCAUCAACAGAAAAAGAAACGGCAAGUUUCCCGGCCGAAAGAAGAGGGAAACGAAUGGGAUAAGACCCAUGAGAACUGAGAUGAGUGAGACAACGAUUCACUACUGGGUCUAUAUCGUUCUCAUCUUUCUGACCUUCUCUCUGAUAUGCUAUAUCACUUGGCUUCUCUUUGGCCUAAGCUUCUUUUUGAAGAUAGGUUUAUCUAUCGGGGGUCGAGCCCUCUCCUUUGCUUUAGUCAAGUGUGGCCUCUCGGGGGGACUUGCCUGGGCAAUAGGAUGUGUUUUGCGAGCACUAUUCAGUGCCGAGGAAAUGCCUCUUUGGAUGUAUCCAUCUGGGGCUGAUGCUGGCUCAGGAUCAGGUGAUGGCGCGGGAGGAAGGGGCUUUAGGUGGACCGAUUUAUUUGGAAAGAGUUCCACUGGUAAUUCCGAGACCGGCGGAAACUCAGUGAGCUCUUCCGAGCCGAGCAUAAAUAAACCAGCGCCCCACUCCCCAGAGCCUGUUGCUCCUGAGGUUGAUCGAGGUAGGCCCCUCAUUCCUGAGGAUGAGAAUGACAACCACUUGAUGCCUGCUCAAGCGCGUAUGGAAGAGUUGGCCCAUCGCCUCUCAAUCAAUUCCAUUCAGAAAAACUUGAGCCGCGAGGAAUGGGGAAGCAUUAUUACUGCACAGAUUGUGGUGGAGGAAAGCAUCGAAGCCGCUUUAGUUUACGAUGGCUAUCCCGCCGCUGCUAUUUUGGCCAAACGUCACCAGAUACGGGGCUUUAUGUUUUAUCCAGGAGGGACUUCUUUGACCGAGAAAACAUAUGUAGGCUAUGUGAGAAGUAUCGACAACUUGGGUACUCACGCCUCUGUUCCAUACAAGCGAGUCAUCCAAGCGAUACGGCAACAUAAUUUAUCCCUUUAA